UUUUAGAGAGACCGUUUGUGGCUGCCCGCGAUAUGUGGCAACACUCAAAGACGCUCUUCAAAAAGCAAGCCAAUCAUUACUAUUCCGCGAAGUUAUUUUUAUUAAUAUCACGUCAAUCCGAGACAAUAUAUUAUUUAUUUAUAUAAAAACAAAAAAUGGUCAACGAUAUUGUCGCGGGACUUGAUAGCAAUAAGUGGGAGGGCUUCCGGAGCCUGCACCUUCUCGAGCAGCAUCGCAUCGAUAGCUUCAAGGAUUGGCCAUUUUCGGAUCAAUCUACGUGCAGCAUUUCGAAGAUGGCCGAAGCUGGAUUUUAUUGGACUGGCAAUAAGAGGGAGAACGACACAGCCACCUGCUUUGUUUGUGGAAAAACGCUUGAUGGUUGGGAAUCCGAGGAUGAACCGUGGAAGGAGCACGCCAAACACGCUCCACAGUGCGAGUUCGUAAAGAUGGACACCGCCGAAAGGGAUUUGUCCAUUUCUCAAUUCCUUCUGAUCCUGGGCACCGUAGUCAAGGGGAAUAUUAAUAAAAGCUGCAAGGUAUUUAAGCAAAAAUUUAUACUGGACAACGAGGAACGCAAGGAGGAGUUUGCGAAUCCGUUGAAAUAGCGCGCAUGUAUUUUUAUUUGAACAAUUACCAAUACAUAUAUAGGUGGCUAGAAUAGUAAACAAAGCAAAAUUAAUAAAACUGGGUGGCAACGCCAAACAAAA